AGGUGAGGUCGGCGGAAAAGAUGUUCGAGUCUGGACCUGCUGUUCCUGCUGGAGAUGUGCAGAUUGGUGAUGCUAUUGUGGAUGAGACGAGGGAUGAGCGGUCUUUUCGGCAUGUGAGUGCCAGUCCUUUUCGCUCGACGACGGAGCCGCCGCCUAAGAUUUCUUGGACGCAUGCUUGGGGGAUGAUGAAGUGGGGGCGCAAGGCUGGCGCUUGGGGGCAGGGAGUUGAUGGUCUGAAGGACCGGGGGAAAUGAGAGGUCAAUGGCACACGUGACCACCCUCAAUGUUGCGUGGUCCCGGAGGUCGCACUUGCUCUCUGCAAGUCGCGCUUACCUCACUUCCACUCACCACCUCCUUGCCACAGCUUCUGCACACCACCGCACCUUCUGCAAACCACCACAGCUUUUGCAAACCACCGCAGCGUCUGCAAACUACCACAACUUCUGCAAGUCAACCAAAAAUCAUCGACCUCGUUGGCUGCAAAAUGGACGUCAUAUUAGGCGAUAACCGUUACUGGACAUGGGAACCAGACCACCAUCCUGAUCACGCAGAGCUCCACAAACGUGCGAACGAACUCGGCUGCACCCGAGAUAUCGGCGACUGGACAAAAGAGAAACUGACCUCCUGGCUACGACGUCGCAAACGAGAGCUCCCCAUCUACGAGCAAUGUUCGGAUGCUGAACUAGCCACAUUCAUCAGACAGCGAAAUCUUGCCAUAUCUCCUCCAGCAAAGGAAACCGCCCUCGAGACACAGACUUGGUCGCUCCGGACUGGCGCCAUCGAAGUACUUGAGGCCGCUGAUGAUGCAAUGGCCUUCCACCGCUUUCUCGAUCUGCCUCCAGAGCUCCGCAAACUCGUCUACGAAUGGCACGUCAAAGGCUUUCCGGAAGCGAUAAUCCUGCCUGCAAAGCCUCCAAUAGCACAAACCUGCCACCUCAUUCGUGAGGAGGUACUACCGGUCUUCUAUUCGCAGCUUUCUAUUGAGAUCUUUUUCGAACUCCAGACGAACGACAAGGGCAACCGUAUACGUCAACGGAACGAGACAAACUUGUUUCUCCUCUACAUGCGACCAAAGGAUUAUCAAUACCUCAACAUGAUCGACAUAGCGGUCAUGGACGAGGAUUCGGGAUCGAUUGAGGUGGACUGCUCGGUAGCCUUGAUGAAAACUACCAGCUCUUAUCGUGUCGCAGUCGGAAAUGUUGAUCGAGAUGCGGCUGGCGUCCUGGGAACCACUGACGAUUGUCCACAUAAAGACAUCCUGGAGCGGCGGCUUAAAGAGGUAUUGGACGGAAUGGUUGCACGGGGCGGGACGCUGCAGUUCACUGCCUAUGACAUCUACUCGAUGCGGUACGCGAUCGAACGUGGCUGGCGUGAAUUCGAUGACUGGCGCAAAUAGGGGUGUCUUUGCAACAUCUCUCGAUGUGCCUUCAACGACUAGAACGAGCAGGGAUCGAAUCGACGGCCGUGGAGCGAUCGGUAGAAGGCAGAAAGGAACGGGAGGAGUGAGGAUUGCACGUGGGUGUCGACGACUGAGGUCGAUCACUGAGCAAACGGAGGCGGUAAUGAAUAAGUUAAGUGAAAAGGUCAUCACUGGUGACACAACAUGGUCUGCGCACCACAUGA